AUGGAAAACACGGAAACGAUCGACAAGAACGACCAGUGGUCGAACGAUCCAAAUGUGUCGGAUUUAAACGACACCCGCAACGAAGUAUCGUCUGCAUUGAUUUAUGGAAAUGGCUUAAAGCCGCCUAUAUUGGGCAGUUCUUAUCGAGUUCCGGAUAUACCGACAAAGUAUAUUGAACCAACCGUACUCGAUACGUCGCUCCCUUACAUUCCUGUUUACACACAUCUAAAAAUGUAUGAUUUAAAACCCAUUAAAAGAACCUCGACUCCACCUUUAUUGUCUGAGUUGCGAUUAAAAUAUCAGUAA